AUGACUUCGUCUGCUGGCUGGCAGCCAGCCAAACAGCCGACCACUAUGCACCGUCUCCCAUCCGUUUCUAGCCUCAUGUCACCCCCAGAGACCAAGCCUCUCGAGAGUUUUCCUGUCUCGCUUUCACCGUUUGCAAAGCCUCGGGAUUCUUCAACUCGUGACAUGCAGCUUCCACCCAUCUCAGCUGAUCGAAAACGGACCCAGUCAGAGAUGGACCUCCCAUCGCCACCCGAUUCCGUUACUGACGUUGCUACGGAUGAGCCGCUGUUCGGCCCCGUUCACCCUCCAUCUGCAGAGGCACUUGUGGAAGAGCACAUGAAUUCUCAUAUGGCAAUCUUUCGCAAUAAGUUGAACAAACCCACACGAGAUGAAUAUCUCCUGGCGCUUUCCUGCGUUCCUAUUGUUUCGACCCAGUACAAUCGCAAUCCGGCUGCUUGGGCCCGAGAGGAACGGGAGACGUUGGAGCGCCAAAUGGCCAUGAUGAACCGCUAUCGCUCAGGAGAUUACGAACCCAAGUUGAAGAAGAUUGCUCCUGCGCCGGUGAAAAGAUCAGGCACUCAACCUCGCGUGCAGCGAACCCGGGUCAAACGCACCCCUAAAUCCACACCCAAGCAACAGGUGUUUGACAACUUUGAACCCCCCAAAACUCCACUUACCAAACCGCGUGCCUUGGGUACGAAUCGCGAUGACACCGAUUACCACUCACUGAAGGACUACUCGCCCCCGGCAGAAACUCUUGGCAGUAAUGCCAAAGCAUUGAAGGCCGAUUGGAAGGGGCAGAUGUUGGAUUUGAGCAAUGACCCAGACAGAAAUAUUCUCAGUCCCGCCGAGCUAAAUCUCGCCUCCACCCUAAGACUUUCAUGUGCGACCUAUCUAUGCAGCAAGCGUCGAAUCUUCGAAGCUCGAGUUCGAGCUCUUGCUGUUGGCAAAGAGUUUCGCAAGACGGAUGCCCAGCAGGCUUGCAAGAUCGAUGUCAAUAAAGCUAGCAAACUUUGGACCGCUUACGAACGCGUUAACGCGUUUGAUGGUACCGUGGAUAAUGAUGCCACCCAGUUUAUCACAGCCCGUGUGUCGCCUCCCAUCACAGGCUGA